GUAAUUGCAAACCGCACAACUGUAACUCUUUCUCUAACCGUAAUCCUUUUUGAAGCUGUUUAGUUCCCCCGCCUUCUUCCUAUUUCGGCAAGCCCACAUUCCAACUUCACUGAGGUCUCUCUGACGCACUGUACGAACGCACGCCUCACGUGCCGGCACCGACCUCCUCGCUUCUGUCCAACGCUCUUCGGCUGCCCCGCCGCUGCUCGCUCUCCGGCCUCUCUUCCCCUCUGCCCCUCUCUGACUGCAACACAUGGCGUGGUUCAACUACCCGCUGCGCCGCAUGAUGGUGGCCGCGGCGCUGCUGGCGCUGUGCGUGGUGGACGCCUCCCUUGUGAACGCUUCCCCCGCUUUGGCGAACGCAGCCGCGCUGUCGGCCGGAGAUAACACGCUCCAGUUCCUGCAGGGCUUUGCAUUGUCCAACCCGUCUCUUGUAAGCGUGUGGACGGGCACGGACUUCUGCAAGUGGCCGUACGUGAUUUGCGCCGAUUCUGGGCACGCCCUCAACUUCGCGGACGCCGACUCACCGGCGUUCAGCGGAUCGCUGGUCUUGCCCGAGUUGCCCGAGGGUGUUGACGGCUCCCUCGUGAUGUUCGUCAAGAUCUCCAUAAAGGGGAUGGGCAAGAAGGUCACAGGCACGCUGCCCUCGAGCUGGGGUGGCCUGACGCGGCUGACGACGCUGUACCUGCAUGGCAACGCGCUGACGGGUCCCGUGCCUGCUGCGUGGAGCGGGCUGAAAGCGCUGCAGUACUUGUGGCUGCAGGACAACCGCCUGGACAGUCCUCUCCCUGACACGUUGGGUACGCUUGCUGGUCUCGGCUCUCUCUACCUGUCGAACAACGCGCUGACGGGCACGCUGCCUGCCUCGUGGAGCGGCAUGGCGAAGAUGGCGACUCUGAAGCUGAGCGGCAACCGUAUUGAGGGCAACCUGCCUGCUGAAUGGGGGAGCAUGACGAAGAUCUAUACUAUUCAACUUGGGGACAACAAGCUCUCGGGCACGCUGCCUGCUGCGUGGAGCGGGAUGUCUAGCCUCUCUGAGCUGGACCUGUCGAACAACAAGUUUGUUGGCCCCAUCCCUGCGGGGUGGGGCGGGAUGCAACACCUGUCCGCCGUGACGUUGACCGGCAACGACCUGUGUGGCUGCCUGCCGUCUGGGUGGGUGGCGCCCACAUUGGUAGAGGUGAAAGUGGACGCUGCGGUGAGUGCGUCGGACUGCGCCACCGCCAAUCACUGUUCAACGGAGCCCAGCGGCAGUGCUAGCAGCCACACCGAGUCGAAGAAAGGAAGCAGCAGUGCGCCGCCUGCACCCACGCCGGUGACCGAAACGCUGAAGUUCCUGCAGGCCCUCGUGAAGGCGGUGCCGGACCUGGCGGUGUCCGCGAGCGAUGAGGACUACUGCAAGUGGUAUAGCUUUGUGCAGUGCCAGAACGGCGUGACGGUGAGGCUGACGGACCGGAUUCUGUCGACAGUGUCGAGCCUGCCGGAUCUCGCCGACGACGUGAACGGCGCACUCGUGCUUGUGAUAUCGUUCGAGGCGAACGACAAGGGCGCCAUGUUGUCCGGGACGCUGCCACCGAGCUGGGGGCGGCUGACGCAGAUGCAGGACAUCAAGCUGGAGAACAAUGCACUGACAGGACCGCUGCCGGUGGAGUGGAGCGGCAUGACGUCGUUGAAGUUCCUGUGGCUUGACAACAACGGGUUGACGGGUGACCUGCCGGUGUCGUGGGGCACGCUGUCCACGGUGCAGGUGCUGUCCGUACGGGCAAACCAUCUGACGGGGCCGCUACCGAGUGGGUGGAGCGGUAUGACGUUGCUGCGUAAUUUCUACGCAGAAAACAACUCGCUGACGGGUGAACUGCCCGUGUCGUGGGGCUCGCUGAAGCAGAUGAAGGUGGUGAUGCUGACAAACAACAAGGUGUCAGGCGACCUGCCGGCGGAGUGGAACGGCAUGACCCCACUUGUGACCCUCGCGCUGGGCAACAACGCACUGUCGGGCACGCUGCCGGCGGUGUGGAGCUCUCUGUCUAAGCUGAUGCAGCUGAAGCUGAACAACAACAGCCUGUCGGGCACGCUACCGGCGGAGUGGAGCAAGUUGACUAGGGUGAAGAACGGCCUGCUGCUGCAAGGCAACCACUUCUGCGGCUGCGUGCCGCCGGAGUGGGCUGGUAAGCUGACGCCGACCGUGGACCCCGCGGUGAGCGCGGAGACCUGUGCAACGACGAACGCGUGUGGCAAGGCGUCGAGCAGCGGUGCUGGUCCCCACUCUUCCAGCCACAGCCAUCCGUCACCGAGCCCGGCAAGCAGCAGCCACAGCAAGCCAUCACCGGUUGUCGCAAGCAGCAGCAGCUCCAGUUCGUUCGAGUGCGCUGUGGUGCACUGCCUGGAGUGUGAAGCGGGCAACAGUACGAAGUGCAGCCAGUGCGCGCGCAGGUACGCGCUAACGGAUGACUCUCAAUGCGCCUCCAAGGGUGAUGCUGCGUACUGGCAGAGCCUGGGCAGCCCAAAUGGAUGGCUAAUGCUGGCCCUGCUGUGCACAUGUGUGCUGUGGAAUCUGGUCUAG